AUAAUACAAAAGCAUGAUCCCGCCAGUGUCCUCAAGGAAGCUAUUGUUUAUGACGGGAUAUAUGGGUCUAACUAUGAGGAUAAGAGUGAAGGAAUGAAACAAGCUCUUGAUAAAGUCUGGGCAAAUGGGUGGCUCCAUGCCGAGAAAUCAGAUACUGAUAUACACUUUGUUUUUGCAGCCCAAAUCCACCGUUGGUAUUACCAGUGUCUUUUCUCAGAGAGAUAUCUUGAUAAUAAACUUGAUUAUGAAUCUCCCCUACAAUUGGUACUUGAUGCUAUUAAGUGUUUUCAACCUCGUCAGCUAUCAGAUGCCCCACGCUCACUAAUAGGAAAUUCCUCACCUCUAGAAGAUCAAUACUAGAAAGAGUUCUACCGCUGCCUACUUUAUUUACUAGAUGGCCAUUUUGUGAUAUCUCCUGAGUUUAUGAUCGUGGGCGAUUAACUUCCUUAUUACCCAGAAGAAAUGAGGAUUAGAGCUUCUAAGAGACCGUGAUCGGCUUUUACAAUCUAUGGAAAGAUUUGAACCGAAUGGGCAGUAUUUUCUCAAGUUUCAACUCCGUACCCCGUUGUGUUUUCUGAAAAUUUCCGAAAGGGUUAUGUAAAUUGAUCGAUGCCUCGAAUCUAGGCGAAGUUAGUGAUAUUCUACCACCCUCCAUUCACCACCAGAUGCAACAGAAUAACGACUACCUAGGUAAUUAAGCCUGUUGUU